AUGCCAAUUCCACUUCUUUGUGUUUCUGUUGUCUCCUUAUGCAAACCGAAUGCCAAUUCCACGUCUUUGUUUCUUUUAUUUACUUAUGCAAACCGAAUGCCAAUUCCACGUCUUUGUGUUUCUGUUAUUUAUUUAUGCAAACCGAAUGCCAAUUCCAUGUCUUUGUCUUUCUAUUAUUUCCUUAUGCAAACCGAAUGCCAAUUCCACGUCAUUAUGUUCCUGUUGUCUACUUAUGCAAACCGAAUGCCAAUUCCACGUCUUUGUGUUUCUGUUAUCUCCUUAUGCAAACCGUAUGCCAAUUCAACGUGUUUGUGUUUCUGGUGUCUCCUUAUGCAAACCGAAUGCCAAUUCCACGUCUUUUCGUUUCUGUUGUUUCCUUAUGCAAACCGAAUGCCAAUUCCACGUCAUUGUGUUUGUGUUAUUUCCUUAUGCAAACCGAAUGCCAAUUUCACGUCUUUGUGUUUCUGGUGUCUCCUUAUGCAAACCGAAUGCCAAUUCCACGUCUUUGUGUUUCUGUCAUUUACUUAUGCAAACCGAAUGCCAAUUCCACAUCUUUGUGUUUCUGUUAUUUACUUAUGCAAACCGAAUGCCAAUUCCAUGUCUUUGUGUUUCUGUUAUUUCCUUAUGCAAAACGAAUUCCAAGUCCACGUCUUUGUGUUUCUGGUGUCUACUUAUGCAAACCGAAUGCCAAUACUGCGUCUAUGUUUUUGUUGUCUCCUUAUGCAAAUUGAAUGCCAAUUCCACGUCUUUGAGUCUCUGUUAUUUCCUGAUGCAAACCAAAUGCCAAUUCCACGUCUUUCAGUUUGUGCUAUAUCCUCAUGCAAACCGAAUGCCAAUUCCACUUCUUUUUUGUGA